GCAGCCGAACCACAACCGCUGUUCUUAUCGGCUGCUGUAAAUUACGACCCUCCCCAGAAUCGGGGCCCCACUCAAGGAAAAAGCAGGCGACCGUCGCAACUUUUGUCCCCCCAGCGGCAGAGGCGGCAGCUGUGGGCAGGGCCCAGGGAAAUGACGCGCGUGUUGUGAAACCCUAUCCAGCUUUAGAAAAGAAGGGAUUUCGCCCAGCGCCGCUGUCAGGCUCCUGCGUGCGCGCCCAGCACUGACAUUAGCCAGAGCCGGCCAGCUCCAGGGCAUCGCUGCAGAGGAGACGCCGGCGGGAAUUAGCAGCCGCAGCAGCCCCGGGUCAGUCGCCGUCGCGGGCAGCGCUCGGGAGCUCCAGCCCCGCUGCCGGAGGGAUGGACGGAGCCGUGGAGUGGUACUUCGCGGUGCCGCUGCUCUUCACCGCCCUGGCCCUGAUCCUCGCGUCGGUCUUUGUGAAGCUGCGCUCCUCUGCAGGGGACAAAGGGGCGGCGGCAAAGGAAGGCGAGGGGGAGUCCCGAGGCCAAGAGGCCAAGGCGAGCUCCGCGGCAGACCGCGAAGAGGGAGGCGAGAGAGCCCGGGGAGGUCAGCAGGAAGCCGAGGAGGGCGGCGAGCGAUCCCCGAGGACUGCAGCGGCCGCGGAGGUAAGGGACGAGGGCGAGCGGGUCCCGGAGGAAGGCCCCGGGGCUGAAGGGAAGCAGCCGGCGGGGAAGAAAGAGCGGCAGCAGGGGGCGGCGAGCGGGGAGGAGGACGCGGCACCUCGGACUGCGAACGCGGAGCCGCAGCGUCACCCCCCGCCGGAGAUGAGGAUGCCCGGCCAGGCGGCUGCUGCUGCAGCUGCUGCGGUGGCUGCUGCUGCGGUGGAGGGAGAAGAGCAGGAGGACGAGGAAGACGACGAGGCCGAGGAGGACGAGGAGGAGAGCAAGGAGGAAGACCAAGAAUCAGAAACUGAGAAACUGGUGGAAAGGGAACCCGAGUCUGAAGAUGUAGAUGAACAAUUCUCCUUUAAAUAUAGUCCUGGAAAACUGAGGGGAAACCAGUACAAAACCCUGAUGACCAAAGAAGAACUUGAAGAGGAACAAAGAACUGAAGACUAUAUGAAGUUAUCCCUAGACUCUUCCUAAGGCUUUUCCUUUGGCAUCUUUAAAGGCUUGAAAGAAAAACAAAACAAAUCCAACCAGAUAUACGUAUACACAACAGAAAACUAAAUAUCCCCUCAUAAUAUGGGACUUUCUGUUUGGCUGAAGCUGAGUAACUCAGAAUAAGUCAUUGUAAUAACAUGACUGAAAGGAUCGAUGUGUUUAGUUUCAAGAAUUCUGUGGGCUUAGAGAAAGGGACUGUGAAAUGAUAUUUGAGGAUUCUGUUCUUGGAUGUGAGAGUAAGACCCUCAAACAAAAUCAGGCACAUGACGGUAUCUGCUCUAUCCCUAUCACAGUAGAUCCCUUCUAGAUAGCAUGGACAAAGAUUCAGUUAUAUCAGACCAGUCCAACUGGUCUAUCUAAGUGUUUAGUCUUUCUCCAACCCUGAUUCAAGACCAGAGUUUUUCUUGGCAUCUUUGAAGACUAUGCAUUGAGAUUUAAAACAUUGUAUCGGUUCCCUCUGCACUCUGGUGGAGAGAUAGUUGUACAAUGUAGUUUCUAGUGUAUUCAAUUUAAUCUUGCUUUGUAGCCUUUUGGAGAAGAAAUCAUCCUCCAUUAUACAUAGAAGGAGGUCCUGAGAAUUAAGAAUGGUCUAGUGUUUUAGUUUGUGACAGACUUCCAUCAUGAGGACUUGAGCUUCACUGAUGCUUGACAGCCAGUGCUUCUAUUGGCAUAGCCCUUGCCCGUGUUCCCAAGAGGGAAGUUUGAAAACUUAAAUACUGAAAUGUAAACUUUCUUUUGAGUUAUGAAUACUAAAUUUCUGGAAUAACAGCAGAGAUAUAUUCCUUUUUUUUGUUGUACCACCACACUACCGUAGCAUCAUCUUUUUUGAAAUUAUGAUUGUGGCAUUCUCCACCCCCGGUUUCCCUCUCAGUUCAUUAGCCUGUACAGAUAAUGCCGCCUGUUGAGCCUUAAUGGUUACUAGAUUGGACCAUAGACCAUACUGGUUUUCAGCAUGCCGUUGUUUCCACGAAAGGAAGUACUUUGGUAUUAUACUGAUGUCACUUCCUGCUCUGUAGGAUUACCAUUAAGUUUGGGAUUUCUCCAGCAUAUUCCUGUUUUCUCAUCAUGCUUUGAGGACCCACUGCUUCAAAAUAUAUCAAACCCUUGCAGUUUCAAAAAACAAAAUCAUAUGCAAGCUAUACUCAAAAUUAUAUCGGCGAUUAUUCUUUGGAACAUCUAGGUUUGGGAAAGGUUUGUGUCUAGCAUAAUUUUUAAAAGGGCUUAUUUAGGAAAUGGAAGGAAGCUUUGGUUACAAAGAAGCAAAGCUUCUGCUUUUGUAUCUGUAUUCACUAGCAUAUUACAGUUUGCAACUGAAUCCUAUUUAUACAUACAUACAUACAUAUAUAUAUAUAUAUAUAUAAGGACACUCGGCUUUGAAAUAUCUGUUAGUAACCACUCAGCCUCCAGUUCAUAUCGUCUGACAGAUUCAGUGUUCCAAACACCAUUAACUAUGCAAAGAAUGCCUUAUAUACAAUAUAUCGUUCAGUUAUACAGCAAUAUGUACGUUGUACAAAGAACAACAGUAACUGUGCCCAGAUACUGCUAGUGGCAGAGAGCAAAGCUAUCUCCUCAAUAAUGACAAAAAUGGCUGUCUGGGUAUUUUUUACAUUUUUUUUCUAAAUGUGAAGGUGGAUCUUAUACAGAGGACUGUAAUUUUUAGUGGCUUAAAGUGUAUAUUGCCAUUAUUCAGUCCAAUAAACCUUUAAAUAGUUUA